AUGAGCUUGCUCCCGAGGUUAAAGAAACCAAUGACAGACAGAGACCCGAGUAUCAGGGGUCGAUCAAAAAUAUCCCAGCAUGGGCUAUGGGGUAGCUCAGAGAAAACAGGUUUUUCUAAUUCUCAAAAUACGCUUCCUACGAGGAUAACGGGUGCUUUGAGUCAGGAACAAAUUGUUGCUUACCAGGUGAUGUUUCGCAUCCAGGAAAUCACUACGAAGCUGAGGCUAAACCAAGUUAAUCCUCCAGCUCGGCGCAGUCGAUCUGUGUCGCCUCCACCUGUGUACGAUGCACGAGGCAAGAGAACUAAUACUCGAGAACAACGCUAUAAAAGACAACUAGAAGACGAGAGGCACCGACUGGUGGAAAUAGCACUGAAAAUGAUACCUCAUUUUGUGGCUCCUGAUGAUUACAAGCGACCCACGAAAUUCCAAGACAAAUACUAUAUUCCAGUUCAAAAUUAUCCCGAAAUCAACUUCAUGGGACUUCUUUUAGGACCUAGAGGUAACACAUUGAGAAAACUACAGGAAGAUUCCGGUUGCAAAAUAGCCAUUAGAGGACAAGGUUCUGUUAAAGAGGGUAAAAGUGCGUCUGAUCUGCCGAAGGGUGCGAUGAAUUUCGAAGAGCCCUUGCAUUGCAUAAUCAGCGCAGACAGCGAAGAUAAGAUACAAAAGGGAAUCAAGGCGUGUGAAGGCGUGGUAGUAAGAGCAGUUACUUCCCCAGAAGGGCAAAAUGAACUAAAGCGUGGUCAGCUUCGAGAACUUGCGGAACUCAACGGAACUUUACGUGAAGAUAGUAGGCCGUGCCCCAUAUGCGGUUUACGCGGCCAUCGAAGGUUUGAGUGUCCUGAUAGAACAACGUUCUCACACCAGGUCAUCUGCCAGAAGUGUGGCCAGUCUGGUCACGUCAGUAGGGACUGCACUUCUGGUCAGUUGGAAAACACUGUCCAAAACGACUUUGCUAGUCCAGCUAUGCUUUAUCAAAGAAAUGUCGAAAGUAGUAUGAAGAGGCCCCACAUUCGAGAUGAAGUAAACGAUCAAAGAGACUGGAAAAGGCCCAACAUAGGCUUCAACGAUGAUCUUGACAAUUUUCAAAAUAUUCGUCCUCAGUCGACAGCGUACCGGCCGAGACAUGGAAGAGAUCCAUCUGCAGUUGAGACAAACACGCGUCCCGGUGUGAUGAGUAGAGGUCCUCCAGGUCUAGAAAGCUUUUCAUCGUCAUACCAGCCUUCCUUUAGUGACGCGCCCGGCAUCAUGGGCCAGCAAGAGCUACAUGGUGGUGCAAUCCCCCCUAGCAUCAAUGGAUCAACUUUUGGUCAAAUUAGUAGCCAAGCCGAUGCUACCGAACUUCCAGCAAUUGAUAAUCAACACGCAGAGAGCGUCACAGGCACGCCAAUGAGCGGGCCUCCUGGCAUCUCGAUCAAUGGGCCUCCAGGUGUGUCAAUGAUUGGCCCUCCUGGUACUCUGCCUAACGCUGGUGUCGGUUAUAACGCCCCUCCUGGCAUGGCAAAGUUGUCACCCCCACCUGGAGAUCAUUCAGGGUUUAUUCCUGAUUCUCAACCUUUGUCACGGACUCCUGGACAAUCUCCGGCGUUAGCUCCAAUUGGCAGUCUUCCUCCUGGCAUGUCAGGCUUACCAAAUAUUACUGCACCUCCUGGGCUAGAAGCACCUCCCACUGCUUCACCGGCACCUGAAGAGGAAAAGAAAAGUAGAGACAAUAUAUCAGGACCUCCAGGUUUAGGCAUUUAA